AUGGCUUCCCGCCGACUUGAGGUGUUGCAAGGGCAUCUUUGCGCUUCCGUGAGCCAUGCUGAACUUGGUGUUUCCACCAGCUGGACUUCAUCGCAAGCUGGUGGCGUUUGGGGUGCGGUAAAUCAAGCUCCAGAAGACCCUAUUCUUGGUGUUACCGUGGCUUUUCAAAAGGAUCCGAGCCCGGUAAAGGUCAACCUUGGAGUUGGAGCUUACCGCACCGAGGAGGGAAAGCCGUUGGUGCUCGAUGUUGUGCACCGUGCAGAGUUGAUGAUGCUUGCGGACAGGUCACUGAAUCACGAAUACCUUCCUAUUGCUGGCCUUCCAGCUUUUAACAAACUGACAGCAAAGCUCAUCCUUGGUGCUAACAGUCGCGCCAUUGCGGAAAGUAGGGUUGCCACUGUUCAGUGCCUUUCCGGGACGGGAUCGUUACGCGUGGGUGCUGAGUUCAUCAAGGCUCACUACCCGUUUAACAAAUGCAUUUACCUUCCCUCACCUACUUGGGGGAACCACAACAAGAUAUUUCCUUCUGGCGGAGUGACUGUCAAACCUUACCGAUAUUAUCAUAAGGGGACUCGAGGACUUGAUUUUGAAGGGAUGUGUCAGGAUCUUAAUUCUGCUCCCGAUCGUAGCAUUGUCCUUCUCCACGCAUGUGCGCACAACCCGACUGGAGUGGACCCCACCAAGGAGCAGUGGAACAUCAUUCGCAAGGUUAUUCGAGCAAAAGGUCACUUGCCCUUUUUUGACAGCGCCUAUCAGGGGUUUGCAAGUGGUAGCCUGGACGAGGACGCUCAUGCUGUUAGGCUUUUCGUGGACGAUGGUGGAGAAUGCAUGAUUGCUCAAAGCUACGCCAAGAACCUUGGACUCUAUGGUGAACGCAUUGGCGCACUGAGCAUGGUUUGUGCAUGUCCGAAGGCUGCAUCAAAGGUUGAGAGUCAACUCAAGAUGGUUAUUAGGCCGAUGUAUUCCAGCCCUCCAGCCCAUGGAGCUCGCAUUGUAGCAGCUGUUCUUUCUGACAAGGACUUGUUCAACGAAUGGACCCUCGAGCUUAAAGGAAUGGCGGAUCGGAUUAUCAGCAUGAGGCAGCAACUGUAUUCAGCACUCCAGCAGAGAGGAACCCCUGGUGAUUGGACUCACAUUCUUAAGCAGAUCGGGAUGUUCACCUUCACAGGCCUAACAAAAGAGCAGGUUGCCUUUAUGACUCGGGAGUACCACAUUUACAUGACCUCUGAUGGGCGUAUCAGCAUGGCGGGCCUUAGCUCGAAGACUGUUCCACAACUAGCUGAUGCAAUCCAUGCUGCAGUUCAUACUUUCAGGAUGUGA